GAGCAGUGCCGCUGCUGCCCGCCCCACUCGCGUCACGCCGCAGCUUCGGGCACGGCGAGGUUUGGCCCCAAGGCCGUGAGCGCGGCAACCCGGUAGGCGCCGAGCUGCGCACCCGCGGCUGAGGUCUGCACGCACGUACCGGGUUCGUGCCCAGCUCGCGUGCUCGCGCCCCACCGUAAGGCGGCCUCAGCGCCGUCAGCCCGGCGGCUCCCCGGCGCCGCAGCACGGCCGAAGCUGAGGGGCGCCUCGUGCAGCCCCUCCAUUUUGUGCCUCCCGCCCCCGCGCGGGGCCGCCCCUCCAUUUUGUGCCGCCCGCCCGUGGGACCGCCGCGGGGUGGGACGGCGCUGAGGGACGUGUGAAGGGGGCGAUGGCGACAGACUGCGACAGCGGUGGAAAAUGAAAACCUGACAAAAAUACCCUUUUCUUUCAGACUCAACCCGGCACAACUGUAAGAAAGCUUCCCGCCACAUCUUCCCUCCGUGGCACGAGGUGUCAGUUACGUCUUUUGCCCCCAUCUAGGAGUUUAUUUCAGCAAUGUGUAACUGUUGUCUUCAGGUUCCCAAGCCGCAUACCUGCACGGAGCAGUGCCACACGUCUUACGUAGCCGUUUCUACUUCAAAACUCACACCGAAAUUUGCUUCAAUUGGAAGUUCACAGAAAAGCACGAGGCAGCCCCGCCCCGCUGCCCGCCCCACCGCUGGGGGCGCUGUGGAGCGCGGCCCGCGCGGGGCCCGGGAGCACUUCCGGGAUGGCGCCGUGGCUUCCGGGGUGGAGGGAGGAAGGCGGAAGUGCUCCUGGCCGGUGCCGGCGGAGGGCCCCGGGCUGCUCCCCGAUGGUGUGUGGCGGCGGCCGGCCCCAGGCGCGCUCGCUUCCGGCUCAGUAUGGCGACGGCGGCGGCGGGAGCCGGCCAGGAGAAGCAGCUCGCUCCGACCCUGCUCAGUUUCUUCAUCUACAACCCCAAGCUGGGGCCCAAAGAGGGAGAGGACCUUUAGUCCAACAAAACCUGCAAAAUCCCUACAUACGCAGAAGAAUAGGCAGUUUUUCCAUGAACCUGAAGAGAACUUCUGGAUGGUCAUGGUUGUACGAAACCCCAUAAUAGAAAAACACAAAGAUGGAAAGCCAGUCUAUGAAUACCAGGAAGAAGAAUUGCUGGACAAGGUUUAUAGCUCAGUCCUGCAGCAGUGCUACAGCAUGUACAAGCUUUUCAAUGGCACAUUUCUGAAAGCAAUGGAAGAUGGAGGUGUAAAAGUUUUAAAGGAGAGACUAGAGAAAUUCUUCCACCGGUACUUGCAGACACUGCACUUACAGUCUUGUGAUCUGCUGGAUGUAUUUUGUGGAAUCAGCUUCUUUCCACUGGAUAAAAUGACUUACUUGAAAAUUCAGUCAUUUAUUAAUAGGAUGGAAGAAAGCCUAAACAUAGUCAAAUAUACUGCAUUUCUCUACAAUGAUCAGCUGAUCUGGAGUGGGCUGGAACAAGAUGAUAUGAGAAUUUUGUACAAGUAUCUCACAACAUCUCUGUUCCCGAGACACAUGGAGCCUGAGUUAGCAGGAAGAGAUUCUCCAAUACGGGCUGAAAUGCCAGGAAAUCUACAACAUUACGGAAGGUUUCUUACUGGACCCUUAAAUCUUAACGAUCCAGAAGCAAAAUGCCGAUUCCCCAAAAUAUUUGUUAACACUGAUGAUACUUAUGAAGAGCUUCAUCUAAUUGUUUAUAAGGCCAUGAGUGCAGCUGUCUGCUUUAUGAUUGAUGCUUCAAUUCCACCCACACUGGAGUUUUGUCGUAAACUGGACAGCAUUGUUGGGCCUCAGCUCACUGUGUUAGCAUCAGACAUAUGUGAACAAUACAACAUCAACAAGAGAAUAUCAGGGGCUGAGAAGGAGCCUCAGUUUAAGUUCAUCUAUUUCAAUCACAUGAACCUUGCAGAGAAGAGUACCAUUCACAUGAGGAAAACACCCAGCGUAUCACUUGCAUCUGUACAUCCUGACCUCAUGAAGAUUCUUGGUGAUAUCAAUAGUGACUUCUCUAGAGUUGAUGAAGAUGAGGAAAUUAUUGUGAAGGCAAUGAGUGAUUACUGGGUAGUUGGGAAGAAGUCUGACCAACGAGAAUUGUAUGUUAUUUUGAAUCAAAAAAAUGCAAAUCUGAUUGAAGUUAACGAAGAAGUGAAGAAACUUUGUGCAACACAAUUUAAUAAUAUUUUCUUCUUGGAUUGAUCUGCAAAGGACUGAUUUAUAAAGAUGUCAAUGUCAGACACUUGUUCAACAUGAAAAGUUAUUAGUCAUAUUAUUGACUGGAAUAAGGACAAUAGUAAAGCAAUACUUGCUUUGUAAGAAUCAAAAUUUCUACUAAAAUCUGUAAACUGAUCAUGAAAUUUCUAGAUUUUAAAAAGUUUAUGUAUGUGCAAACAAAUUAAAAACCAGUCUGAAUUCACCUGUACCAUUCCAUUCUGAUGUUAUGUGAAUAUUUUACUGGAAAAUAAAUUACAACUAAUAAUUGUUACACUUUUAA